AUGACCGUCCCUGGCACCGCCGACCGCGCCUACGUCGCCCCGAUGACGCUCGAACUCGUCGAGCAGUCGACUCAAAAGCUUGCAUUCUCCCCUCUAUCGCCCUUCUACCUUAUCCGCAUCCCCUUCGUUCUCACCCCGUUCCUGCCUUCAACGGGGUAUGGAAGCCGAAGGCUUGUCUGCGACUGCCUUCCCCUCCUCCCCCAUACUAUUGACGCGGCACUGUCACUGUAUCCAGCUCGCCUGUCCGUGCACCUGCCCCAACCAUCCCGAUCUCAUUGUUCCCCGAUCCAGCCUCUCUUUCGGGUGAUCGCCAACGAGCGCCCCGACGCGCUGUUGCCGACGAUGGGCGGGCAGACGGCGCUGAACCUCGCGGUGGCGCUGUCGGAGAGCCCCGUGAUUGCCAACGAGCGCCCCGACGCGCUGCUGCCGACGAUGGGCGGGCAGACGGCGCUGAAUUUGGCGGUGGCGCUGUCGGAGCGCGGCACUCUCGACAAGUACGGCGUGGAGCUGAUCGGCGCGAAGCUGGACGCCAUCAACAAGGCGGAGGACCGCGACCUGUUCAAACGCGCCAUGGACAAGCUGGGCAUCAAGAGCCCCAAGUCGGGGACCGCCAACACGCUGCAGGCGAUCAACAAGGCGGAGGACCGCGACCUGUUCAAGCGCGCCAUGGACAAGCUAGGGAUCAAGAGCCCCAAGUCGGGCACCGCUAACACCCUGCAGGAGUGUUUCGAGAUCGCCAAGUACAUUGGCGACUACCCGAUGAUCAUCCGCCCGGCGUUCACGCUGGGCGGAUCUGGGGGCGGCAUCGCGUACAACGAGGAGGAGUUUGAAACCAUCUGCAAGGCCGGCCUCAGCGCCAGUGCCACGUCACAGAAUUUCUCGCAUUUGCCCCGGCGUGCCUCCCUCCCCCAGGUGCUGAUCGACAAGUCGCUGCUGGGAUGGAAGGAGUACGAGCUGGAGGUGAUGCGCGACCUGGCGGACAACGUGGUCAUCAUCUGCUCCAUUGAAAACAUUGACCCCAUGGGCGUGCACACCGGCGACUCCAUCACCGUGGCUCCUGCACAAACGCUGACUGACAAGGAGUAUCAGUGGCCAUCAUCCGCGAAAUUGGAGCUCAACGUGCAGUUUGCCAUCAACCCCAAGGACGGUGAGCGUCUGCGCGACUAUUCGGUCGCCAUCAUUCGCGAGAUCGGAGUGGAGUGCGGGGGCUCCAACGUGCAGUUCGCCAUCAACCCCAAGGACGGCGAGGUGGUGGUCAUCGAGAUGAACCCGCGCGUGUCCCGCUCCUCCGCGCUGGCGUCCAAGGCCACGGGCUUCCCCAUCGCCAAGAUGGCCGCCAAGCUCUCUGUGGGGUACACGCUCGACAGGAUUCCCAACGACAUCACCAAGAAGACACCGGCCAGCUUUGAGCCCUCGAUCGACUAUGUGGUCACCAAGGUGAGUGAGCUCUCUUCCAGCAUCCCCAACGACAUCACCAAGAAGACCCCGGCUAGCUUUGAGCCCUCGAUCGACUAUGUGGUCACCAAGGUGAGUGAGCUCUCUUCCAGCAUCCCCAACGACAUCACCAAGAAGACCCCGGCUAGCUUUGAGCCCUCGAUCGACUAUGUGGUCACCAAGGUGAGUGAGCUCUCUUCCAGCAUCCCCAACGACAUCACCAAGAAGACCCCGGCUAGCUUUGAGCCCUCGAUCGACUAUGUGGUCACCAAGGUGAGUGAGCUCUCCUCCAGCAUCCCCAACGACAUCACCAAGAAGACCCCGGCUAGCUUUGAGCCCUCGAUCGACUAUGUGGUCACCAAGGUGAGUGAGCUCUCUUCCAGCAUCCCCAACGACAUCACCAAGAAGACCCCGGCUAGCUUUGAGCCCUCGAUCGACUAUGUGGUCACCAAGGUGAGUGAGCUCUCUUCCAGCAUCCCCAACGAUAUCACCAAGAAGACCCCGGCUAGCUUUGAGCCGUCCAUUGACUAUGUCGUUACCAAGAUCCCGCGCUUCGCCUUUGAGAAAUUCCCCGGAUCCGAGCCCACGCUCACCACCCAGAUGAAGUCAGUCGGCGAGGCCAUGGCCAUUGGCCGCACCUUCCAGGAAAGCUUCCAGAAAGCCCUCCGUUCCCUCGAAACGGGCCACUGGGGGUGGGGGUGCGAGCCAGUGAAGCAGCUCGAGUGGUCCCUGGACGACCUGAAAUACUCCAUGCGAGUGCCCAACCCCGACCGCAUGUAUGCCAUUUACGCUGCUAUGAAGCGCGGCAUGAGCCAGCGGCAGGUGCAGCAGCUGACGAGCAUGGACCCGUGGUAUCUCUCCCAGAUGGGGGAGUUGCUGGAAGUGGAGGAUUUCAUGGGGAAGCUGGAUGGUAACCUGCGUGCGCUCACCAAGGAUGACAUGCAGCAGAUUAAGAGGCGCGGGUACAGUGAUAGGCAGAUUGCGUACGCGCUGAAGACGACAGAGGAGGAGGUGCGGAGCUUCAGGCUGGAGCUGGGGGUGGUGCCCGCGUUCAAACGCGUGGACACGUGUGCGGCGGAGUUUGAAGCCAUGACGCCGUAUCAGUACUCAUCGUAUGAUGAGGAGAAUGAAGGGCAGCCGGAUGCCGAGCGCAAGGUGCUGAUUCUCGGCGGCGGGCCGAACCGGAUCGGGCAGGGGAUCGAGUUUGACUACUGCUGCUGCCACGCGUCGUUUGCUCUGCAGGCCGCAGGGUUCGAAACAAUCAUGAUGAACAGCAACCCUGAAACCGUCUCCACCGACUAUGACACAUCCAACCGGCUCUACUUUGAGCCGCUGACAGUGGAAGAUGUGAUCAACGUGAUUAACCUGGAGCGCCCCGAUGGGGUCAUCGUGCAGUUUGGAGGGCAGACGCCGCUGAAGCUCGCCGUGCCCAUCCAGAAGUAUCUUGAAAAUACUCAGCUGCAGGCGGCGAGUGGGAGCGGCCCGGUGCGCAUCUGGGGCACGUCGCCGGAUUCGAUUGACGCGGCGGAGGAUAGGAAGCGGUUUGAGGCGAUGCUGAAUGAGCUGGGGAUCAACCAGCCGCCCGGGGGGAUUGCAAGGAGUGAGGAGGAUGCGCUGGCGGUGGCGAAGCGGGUGGGGUAUCCGGUGGUGGUGCGGCCGUCGUAUGUGCUGGGAGGGCGCGCGAUGGAGAUCGUGUAUAACGAUGAGGCGCUGCAGAAGUACCUGGUGACAGCUGUUGAGGUGGACCCUGAGAGGCCCGUGUUGGUCGACAAAUACCUUGCGUACGCAGUCAUGCCCACAGGCGAGGUCUACAUCAUAGAGGCCAACCCGCGCGCCUCCCGCACGGUGCCCUUCGUGGCCAAGGCCAUCGGCCACCCCCUCGCCAAGUACGCAUCCCUCAUCAUGGCCGGGAAAACCCUCAAAGAGCUCGGAUUCGACAAGGAGGUGAUCCCCAACCACGUGUCAGUGAAGGAAGCCGUGCUGCCGUUUGACAAGUUCCCCGGCUGUGAUGUGCUGCUGGGGCCGGAGAUGCGGUCCACCGGGGAGGUCAUGGGGCUGGACGCCACGUUCGAGAAGGCGUUUUUGAAGGCGCAGGUGGCGGCGAAUCAGCGGCUGCCAACUGGCGGGUCGGUGUUUGUGAGCUUGAACGACCUGACCAAGGAGAGUGGCGUGGAGGUGGCGAAGAGCUUUGUGGAGCUGGGGUUCAAGAUCCUGGCCACUGAGGGCACGGCAAACGUGCUGGAGAAUGCCGGCAUUGAGGUGGAGAGGGUUCUGAAGCUGCACGAGGGCCGCCCCCAUGCUGGUGAGUUAGUGACCUUGAUUAUUAAGCUGCUGGUGAUCACAUCAUCGGGGGACGCCCUCGACCAGAAGGACGGCCCUCUCAAUCCCCUCCCUCCGCUUCCCCCUCUUUCCCCUCCGCUCCCUCCACCAGGCGAUCUGGUAUCCAACGGGCAGAUUCAGCUGCUGGUGAUCACCUCAGCAGGGGACGCACUGGACCAGAAGGACGGGCGGCUGCUGCGCCGCACAGCGCUGGGGAAGAAGGUGCCCAUCAUCACCACCAUGGCCUCUGCGCGUGCCACCGUCAAGGCCAUCCGCGGGUUGAUUGAGUCGCCCAUUGAGAUGAAGGCUCUGCAGGAUUAUUAUGUGGCUGGGAGCGAAGAGGCGAUAGCUGAUGCUGCUGCCACCGCCGCUGCUGCAGCAGUGAGUCACUGA